CUGAAUAUGUUUUGUAUUUGCAUUCACCUUACUGGGGAGUGUUACAGCUAGUUUACCAAGCAAAGGUGUGGCGUUGGCUGCUCAUUACACAUACAGACAGCAGACGCAGAGUCCGCUGCAGCUCAAACACUAUAGGAGAACCUUCUGUCAGUCAGCAGAACAUAGUUUGAGCUUGAAGUUCGAGAGUUUUUUGGAUUGAGUUUUACAGUCCAAACAAAGGCUAAAGAUGAACGAUAAGGAUACGAUCUACAACAAUCUUUCUCGCGUGAACCAUGGUUUCCAACAUGAGGAGCAGCGGCCUCCUCCAUAUGCGCCUUCUGGAAUAUACCCUGCUUUACCUCAGUACCCUGUUCCCCAAAACCCCCAACACCCGAAUCCCUCCCCACCAUACCCUUCAGAGAGAUACUCACCUGCUCAGAGUCUGCAUCAGUAUGCUCCUCAAACAGCACCUGUUAAUACCUUCAACACAACCGCAACUGGACUCCAACGUGACGCUAGACUAGUUCACAAAGCUUCCAGAAGAAAAAAAUGGCCAUGGAUCAUUGGCACACUCGCCAUGCUGCUGGUCAUUGCUGGGAUCAUAGCUGCGGUGCUUUGGUUUUAUGGUGUGUUUGAUUGUUUGCAAGGGCGGCGCUGUAAAGCAGAUAACAAAUGCAUCAGCUAUUCGCAGUGGUGUGACGGUGUGCUAGACUGUCCAUCAGGAGGAGAUGAAGCUCAUUGCUUUCGUCUGUAUGAAUCUAAUUCCCUUCUUCAGAUGUACUCAAAUGUGAACCAAAAUUGGGAGUAUGUGUGUUCAGAUAGAUGGAAUGACAACCUCGGAAAGCAAGCAUGUGAGGAGAUCGGAUAUGAGAGUAUGUGCUGUGUGUUUGUUUGUGGUUUAUCUCUCAGGAACACCUAUGUGGGUUAUGAGGAAAUUUACUCUAGAGCAUCACUGGACUAUGUGGUGAUGAAGACAGAUUCUCUCAGCUCUUCUAAUCUUAAUAUGUCCAGUAGUUUUCUCAGUAAAAGUUCAGACUGUCCAUCUAACAAAGCAGUGGCACUCAAAUGUAUUGAAUGUGGACAGAGCAGCGAGAGCCGAAUCGUGGGUGGAAGCACAGUGACCUCGAAGGGGGUGUGGCCAUGGCAGGUCAGCCUGCAAGCUUUCGGAAGGCAUUUGUGUGGCGGGUCUAUCAUUACCCCGUACUGGGUCGUCACUGCAGCUCACUGUGUUCAUGAGAUUUCAAAUGCAAGGGAUUGGACCGUGUAUGCUGGAUAUCUGACUCGUAGUGAGAUGCGGUCCGCCACCGGCAAUUCUGUAAGCCGAAUUGUCAUGCACGACUUUGACCCAAGAACCAACGAAAAUGACAUUGCACUGAUGAAGCUAAACCGUCCACUCACGAUUACGUCGAACAUCAGGCCAGUGUGUUUGCCCAAUAAAGGCAUGUACUUCUCUGCUCCGCGGGAAUGUUACGUCACCGGAUGGGGUGCACUGUAUAGUGGAGGACCUGCCUCAGAAACCCUACAAGAAGCCAAAAUUCAACUAAUCGACAGAACGACCUGUAACAGCCGACAGGUGUAUGACGGACAAAUAACAGACACCAUGAUCUGUGCUGGCAAGCUGCAGGGUGGCGUGGACUCCUGUCAGGGGGACAGUGGGGGUCCUCUGGUCAUAAAGGAGAAUUCUCUAUGGUGGCUGGUUGGGGACACUAGCUGGGGUGAUGGAUGUGCUUUCAGAAACAAGCCCGGAGUCUACGGAAAUGUGACCUACUUCCUUGACUGGAUAUAUGAACAAAUGCAGAAAUAUUAGCUUUUUUUAAAAAUAUAUAUAUAAAGAAGUUUUGAGAAGAGAAACUGAUCCAAACCAAUGAAACUGUGACUGUGUCCAGGAGACUUUUUUUGUAUUCUAUUUUUGCUUUUUGUAUUAUUUUUACUUUUUUUUUUCAUAAUGUUUUCACAUAAAUCCAUUUAUUUAUUUUCACUAGUGCCAAUGAAAUGAAUUGCACUGUAUCCUACAAUAUGCACUUUUCUAAAUUUUUUUUAUGUAUGUUUUAUUUAAAGAACACAAUUGUACAAAUGACUUCAUAAAAAUCCGUACCUGA